GAAGCCUUCCCGUCAACGCAUGUGAGCACACCUCUGAGAGUAUCUAAGCCUCUCAGUAAGAUGCCACUGUUACUUGUAAUAUUUCAGUGACGCCGGAGGUCUGGGAGAAGUGGUCGCGUCUUUUUGUUCCGCUUCUGUUGUUUCUGUAAAAUAGAGCCAGUCCGGAUCUCCUGUUUGGGAUCAUUUAUAGCGAUGCUACUGCGGCUCUUCACUGCCAGAGGCUGUGCUGUUUUCUGGAAAUGCGCCCAUUCUGUGGCGUCCUGCGCUUCCAAGAGGCAAGUGGGCAGUUUUCUCCCCAACGACAGAGCCAGCAGGCGCGGAGUAUCCCUCCCGGUGUGCCUACGCCUCUUCAGCACGGUCAGCCCAGCGGGGAAAGAUGCCCCACAGACAAAAUCAGAUAAAUCCCAGGAAACAGAGACUUUAGAUCUGGACAGAUGGAAGUCUGUGAUGAGAUCCCAGGCUGCAUUCAAUGAGAAGCAUGUUAAAGAUGAAGUGGAGGAGCAGGAUGAUGAUGAUGAUGAAAACCUAAAAGAAGCAGGAAAUGAUUUAAAGGACGGGUCUUCUCUGGAGGCAACGCGCGAUCUGGUUGCGAUGUGGCGGCAAGCUGGGAAGCUUGUACCUGAAGAGAUGACUGAUGAGGAGGUCAAGACGCUGGCAAAGCUCACCACCAAGUCCUCGAGGAAGAAGUACCUGAAGUACCUGGCUGUCAGGGAGGGUCACAAAAAGGCCCGUAAGGAGAAGCAGCAGCAGAAGAAGGCUGCGAGAGAAGCAUCUCUGAUGGAGAAGAGAGAACUGGAGGGCAGUGGAGAGGAAGGGAGUGGUGAGGGAGGACACAAGUUGAAAAACACACUCUUCUUCCAGUUUUGGGACCGCUCCCUGGACAAGCUGCUGGCUUGGAAGACCGCUCAGUCCAUGGUGUUCGGUCAGCCGCUGAUGUUUGACAUGAGCUAUGAGUCGCACAUGUCCAGGCGGGAGAUCGAGAACACGGUGUCCCAGCUGAUGGAGGUGGAAGGCCUGAACCGGCGUGCUGCUGAUCCCUACCAUCUCCACUUCUGCAACCUGCAACCAGAUGGACCCUACAUGAAGGAGCUGCUCCAACGAUAUGGUGCAGAGAUGUGGGAGCGCCUGCUCAUCACCAGCACUGACCGGCAGCACGUCGACCUGUUCCCCCGUGAACAACUCGUCUACCUUACCGCAGAUUCCCCCAAUGUCCUCCGCACCUUUGAUCACUCCAAGGUCUACAUCAUCGGAGCUCUAGUGGACCGCUCGAUCCAGACAGGCUUGUCACUGGCCAACGCAAAGCGUCUGAAGCUGGCCACAGCUCGUUUACCCUUGGAUGAAUUCCUCCACUGGGAGAUGGGAGCCAAAAAUCUGACUCUGGAUCAGAUGAUUCGCAUUAUGCUCACUCUUAAGGAUACAGGGAAAUGGGUUGAGGCGCUACAGUUUGUGCCUAAGAGGAAGCACGACGGCUUCCACCAACAGACAGAGACUACCAGAAAUAAAGGCAGAGAUCAUGCACCGAGAGACGAGGGCAACCGACCGCUGAGUUCAGGAGAGAGAAGAGCUAGAAACACACUUAAAAGCAAAGAGCACAGAGAGUCUGGGUUCACAGGUCGAGGCAGCACACCAGCUGGAACCAAAGUACGGCCAUCGUUGAGGAGCGACAUAGAAGCCAGAAAAAGUGCAGGCAGAAACAAGUGGUGGCACGAGGAGUGAAAAAAAAUCUGACUUUUAUUUUGUAAAUGUAAGUGGAAGCAUUGGCUGAGGAAAGUGAAUAAAAUGCUGCAACAUAUUUUUUUUUUUUUAAAUGAGAAAAAGACAUUUUAGAAAGGUUGAAGCCACUUUGGUCUUUAUUUUAUGGGAAAACAGGAUGUACAAAUAUCUAUAUGUUGUGCCUUCACUGCAGAUGAAACCAUCAUUACUGUAAAGAGCAAACCUUU